UUGUAAAAGUUAAGAGUAUGCAUAACCGUGUUGUUUGUAUGCAUAUACCUGAUGGGUAUUUUAUUUGCACUCACGCAGUUUAAAAUGGAAGAAGCACCAAAAAUACUUGUGACGGUUCUUCUAGAUGGCACAGAGAUUUGCAAGAAGCUCUUUCAGCUAAGGAGUGUUGCAGAAGUAAUUGACACCUGCAAGCGUCUAUUACCUUGUGUUGCAGAAUAUAAAAGAGUUUUAAAAUUCAAUGCUGAUUUCAAUGAAUAUAUUGAUAUAGACCUUGACGACAACAUCCAAAACUUGGACAAAUUUCAAGUUUUGUUUAAAUCAAUUAAGGUAAGUGGAACACACCUUUACUGUUUUAAUUACUGAAAUAAUCAUGAAAGCAUAUGCACAAAUGUAGACCUGCGGUUCAAGGGUUCCCGUGACCCACUAAUAAAUUCUUAAUGUCCACAGAAACCCGGAAAAUUUGUGUGGUUUGUGUGAAACCACUACAUAUUAUUGGCUAUGUGAGAAAAAACAGUCACAUAAGAAUAGCGACUAAACUAUCGCCACACAAAGAUAACAUGCUUUUCUAUUUAAGGGUGGACAACUGACUGCACAUGCAGAAGGUGCAAGUUAUCAACAGAAUGCAUGUUCAUCAUGUAAUAUUUUAAAGCUUGCACCAAAAAACAUACAUAAAGCUGCUCGAAGUUUUCAAGAAAAGCAUCAAUGUGAACCAAUUGAUGUAGACACACUGAAAGCUUUAAUUGAGAGGAAAAGUCCAAGUAUACAGAGUGAUUAUGAAGCUUCAGGAAUGCUCUCCGAGAUAUCAAGAAAACUUCUUGUGAAGAUAGCAGUCGGUGGGUUAGUGGAGAGAAGCGGAUUCUACCCUUCUAGUGAUGAGAAAUUGAUGUUGGCAAAAAGUGUGGUGACACUGUUCCCUUCCCUGAAGAUCAAGAUGGGGGAUACGAAUGAAGGAUUUGAGCAUUUCUAUGACCCAGUGUCUCACAGUGGCUUCAUUGAGAUUAAACUGAGGAAUCUACGGCGGAAUCUUCACGAUGAUCAGCGUCGCUAUCAUCGUAAACGCUUUCGGAUGAGUGACACGACUAAAAAAUCCAUCUCUCAUGAAAUGAGUGCUGAAGAGGAGGAGUCCACUCAGGUGUGGACAACUGUGAUCAAAUGGAUGAAACCGUCUCCAGAAAACCUCCCUACCAUCAAAGUGGGCAUGGAGAAAACAUACACCAGUCGCAGGUUAUGGAUUGCGAACAAGUCCCCAACCGUGAACGAGAUUUUUGAACAAUAUCCUCGUUUUGCAGACAUGCCGUAUUUGCUUGACACUGAAUUCGAGAAAAUGUUUCCUGGGAAGGGGGAACUCUUUCUUCUAAAAUGGGAAGGGAAUAUUGUUCCAAAGUUGUUAAAGAUGUCCUCAAUGAAAGAUCUUGCUGUCUUUGCAGCUCACAAUAGUUACAAUGAAUCAUGCUACAGAGCUCUUCAAAUCCUGACUGAAUUGCUUCCGCCCACUGCGUCAGGAAGAGGCAAAGGCUGGGCUAAAUGCAGUGUAAAGUCAGCCAUUACUUACCUUUUGGACAUCAAGCAGACUGGAACCAGCCUGCUGGAUCAUUCUCAACGAACUGUGGAAAACCAUCAACCCCACCUUGUCUGUUUGGGUUCCCCAAGUACGACAGCACAAUACAUCAUUGUGGCAGACAAUGACAAAGUCACCGUUCCUCUUGAAGAUAAUAAUCUGACAUGCGCCGUUGACAAGCUAUUCAAACUGUACUGGGUUUGCAACCUGACAUAUCCCCUUCAACUUACAUCGGUUUUUAAUUUUUUUGAAAAUGUUUAUGAAAUGCCUCUCUCUAGUGGGAGGAGAUCUAAAGUUGUGGAGCUCAUUUCAAAGCUUCAAGCACUUAUCUAAGCUAUAAACCACAAUGUACCAAUUUGUGGCAAGCAUAAAAAAUCCAUUUCAAAGGAAGCAUGGAAACUUACAGGUCAUCUCGGGCAUAAUUAUGCACUUUCUGAUGACAGGAUUAUGAUGCGAGAUGCAGUUGAAGAUGUAGUAACUACACAUGAUUUAUUUUAAAGACCAACUAUUUGUAAAUC